GGUAGUCCGGGCAUUCUUAUUUUAUAAUUGUUCCAAAACAAUCCUCAAAUCACCGCAUCAUUAAGUCGGAAGUACCAAUGGAGACUACGAGGAUCUUGUUUGUCCUGCUUCUCAUACAUGCAUUUGCUGCAGCAGCGGAAGCCAAAUGGGUCAAUGUGAACGGUCGGUUUGUUAAUCCAUCCUUACCAUGGACGCUGUGGCCCAACAACCAAGUGCCGUUCUAUAUUGAUCCGCUGUUUACACCUGAGGAAGAAAAGGAUGUCCGAGCUGCCAUGCAAAUCGUGCAGUCCAGUCUGGAUGACUGCGUUGUAUUUGUGGAAGUCUCACCCGUUUCGGAGGUGUUUAAGUUGAGGAUAACCCCUUACAACAACGAUCGUCACGCGUUAAGUGAUCGCUGCCGGACUUAUCCGGGGAAGAUGGCCAAUUUUGAGAAAGCCGGCUGGACGGAACAGCCGCUGGUGCUAACGGCCGGACCAGCAGGCUGCGUGGGCCAAGGACCUCGUCCAUUACUGAAAUAUUUCGUAUUAGUACUUGGCAAACGCAACGAACACCAGCGGCCAAAUCGCGAUGAGUAUGUACACAUCAAUGAGGAAAAUUUGGAUGCCGCUUCGAGGGUGGCUUACAAGAAGUAUUCCGACGACGAAUUCUUCUCAGCCUGUUCCGAUUACGAUUAUUGCAGCGUCACGCACAAUCAACCGAUGGAUUUCACAAGCAACGGAACGGCGGGAUUUAUUGUCAAGAAAGAGCCCUAUUUCAUCCCCCAGCUGGAUCAUUUAGGCGAAUGUGACUGUAUGGAUCUGAAAAUACUCUACGGCUGCACACCAAAUUGUAAAAAACUGAACUGUGGGAGACUGAAGAUGCUGCCACCGCCCAUGGACGCACGGGAACAAUGCUCGCCCGGCCAAGCCACACCCAUACGCACCCAGUCUAUCUGGACAUCCGUGGAAUCCUCUCCCACAAUGCAUCGGGUUUGCUACACCAUAUCUGCGUCAAGCGGAGCGAUGUCGCGAUCAGUGUCAACUACCAUUGAGCCGAUGGGGCAACAGCGCCAGGCCGGUGGUUUAUGUCAAGUGACUGCCAGUACCGGAGGAAUGGGAAACCCUUCAGUUGGAUUCAGUAUCUCAUUCGGCAUGCGUCAGAAACGAGAGAUCCUGAGCCCAGUUCCAACACAACGAGCACUGAAUUUUGACCCAAAAUUUGCAAAAUGGCCCGGAAACACUGUACCGUAUUAUCUUGACCCGUCCUAUACCCCUGAAGAACAAAAGCGCAUUAAGGAUGCAUUCACUCAGCUGUCGACGGAACUCGGCGGCUGUAUCGUGUUCUCAGAAGUGCCAGCAACUGCCCCCGUAUUUAAAGUGAAGAUUACUGCAACUGAGAGUAUUCCAGGAACAUUUCCCGCGCGCGGCUGCCACACGUUGCCAGGAGCAUCUCGUGAUCGCAUCGGUGUAGGAAAAAACGAGCAGGAGAUGCUGAUCCGCACCGGUCCCAAUGGAUGCGUCAAUGAUAACCAGACUCUGUUGCGCCUAGCAGCAAUGGUUCUGGGAAAACGCUACGAGCACCAACGUCAAGAUCGUGAUGACGCGCUGACCAUUAACGAUGCCAACAUUAGUCCAGAUAUGAAAUCGCUAUUCGACAAGUACACCUUCCAAAACGCGUCAUUGUUCUGUGCGUACGAUUAUUGCUCGGUUACGCAUAUCAGAAUCGAAGAAUUCUCCGGCACGGUCCCUGGAGGUGCUUUCAGCGUAAAGAAUCCUCCUUUUCGCAUCGCUCGGCUGAAUAAGCUUUCGGAAUGCGAUUGCAAAGAGCUCAGCGUCAUGUACAACUGUCCGUUGGAACGAUGUGUACCUCUGAACUGUUCUGCCAUCCCUCCUGCACUGCCACCACCAGGCACCGUGUUCUCCCCUCCGGAUCGCAAUGUAUCCAAACCCAGGAACUCCUCCCAACAACCAUAACGCGCCAGUGAAUAUUAACCCGUCGCUUCCGGCUGUGAAUAACAACGUUCCCAACGCCCCAAACCCACCGUCACCGUUCGUUACCAUCACGAUACCGACAAACGUCGCACCGGGUGCGGACGGGAACAUCCAAGUUUGU